UUUUAAUUUUUCACGAAAUUUGCCGUAACCUUAUCUCCUUCAACAAUGAGCUACUAACAUCAGAAGAGAAUAGAAACAAAAGAAGUUCUAUUAUUUUUUAUUGCGCAACUUGAAUACGAAAACAACACGUAGAAGUACCACAAUUUUAAAAACAUGCACCCCAUUCAUCGAAUACUUUAUGCCUUCGGUCCCCGUACCUGUAGCUUACCACUACUUCUUAAGAAGACUUUAAAUAGUUCAAUUAUGACAUCUCCGAUAAAUGCACGCUGCAAUUCUUCAUUUGUGCUCGCUACUGAAUCAUCUGAUAAGGGCUUGAUUAUCCUUAACCGGCCCAAAGCUUUGAAUGCCCUCAAUUUGGAUAUGGCAAGGAAAGUAUAUAAACAUAUGAAAAAAUAUGAGCUUACCAAAUCAAUGGUAAUUAUCAAAGGUGCUGGUGAAAAGGCUUUUUGCGCCGGUGGCGAUGUACGAUCCAUAGUCGAAGCAGGUCCCACUGAGGAGUCCAAGGCAUUUUUCCGUGAAGAAUAUACCUUAAAUGCAUUAAUCGGAAAUUAUAUUAUACCGUACAUUGCUCUUAUUGAUGGCAUUACAAUGGGUGGCGGAGUUGGUCUCUCCGUUCAUGGCAAAUACCGUGUAGCAACUGAACGUACACUCUUUGCAAUGCCCGAGACAGCUAUUGGGCUCUUCCCCGACGUGGGCGGCUCAUAUUUUUUGCCACGGUUAGAGGGAAAACUAGGCCUUUUCCUUGGCCUUACAGGGUUUCGGCUAAAAGGUGACGAUGUAUUAAAAGCGGGUAUAGCGACGCACUACUGUGAGAGUACAAAAUUAGAAGAUUUACAAAACGAUCUGCUUAAUUGUAAGGAUACCGAUACAGUACCUGAUAUCCUUGAAAAAUAUAACACACCAUCGAAAAAAGAUUUUAUUCUGAAUGGAGUCAUGGAUAAAAUAAACAAAUGUUUCACUGCUGAUUCUGUUGAGGAAAUUGUUCAGAACUUGAAAAGUGAUGGAAGCGAGUGGGCGAAUAAGACUUUAGAGACGCUUGGAAAAGUUUCGCCAUUAUCAUUAAAAGUAACAUUUCGAGAAUUGGAGUUGGGUUCAAAAUUGCUGUUGCCACAAUGCUUAAAAAUGGAGUAUCGUAUGGUUGUUCGCCACUUGGAAGAUAGUGACUUCAAGGAAGGUGUGCGUGCCCUACUCAUUGAGAAAGAUCAAAAGCCCAAAUGGAAUCCCCCCACUCUGGAAGCAGUGACUGAGGAGCGUGUUGAUUGGUUCUUCCGAAAGCUCCCUGAUACCGAAGAGCUGAAAUUGUAACAAUGAUAUUGAAUUCCUAAUCAGUUUGAAAAGUCAAUUAAAGAUCAUAAGCUAGAACUCCACAUCAGUCCUUUCAGGCGUUGCCACGUACACCGCAUAGCUUUAUGUCUUACAAUUUAAUAUAUUUUAUAGUUUUAUAUGCCUUAUAAUUCUAUGUAUUUUAUAAUUUUUUUUUUAUUAUAAUAGAAUUUUUUAAUUCGAAAGUUUACAACCUAUAUUUUAUAUAAAUAACAUUAAUACAUAUUUCUUUUGACAUAAGAUAAUAAUUAUCCUACAAAAACUAUGUCCACCUAUAAAACUCAACACAAAAAAGUGUGAACAUAUACUUAUAGUAUACAACGGUUAAUGAAUGCAUUUAUUUAGAAAUUACGAUAUUAAAUAAAAUACAAUUUUUUAUGCCUAUAAGUGUCA